GCUGUAGAUGUAUCGGCACCACAGAGCUCAGAAUGAAGAAGUCGGUCCGGCCAGCGGUGAGUAAGGGGAGCGGAGAUCGAGGGAAGGGGGACGCCACGGCGACAUCUGGGACCGGAAAGCCCGCAGCCAAGACCAGCACCUCUGCACCUCUGUCCAAGGUGAAAAGCAACGAUGAUCUUUUAGCAGCUAUGGCCGGAGGGAAUCCUGCAUCAAGUAAUGCCGUCAACAAGACCAAGAGGACUGCCUCCGUUGGGACUAACGCUAGCAACCUAGACAGCAAGCCAAAGACGGCGUCGGGUGCUUCAUCCAAGCGGGUGACCUCUUCGAUUCCCAAGGAGCCAAAUUCAUCACGAGACCGUCUCCGGACCUCCAGGACCUCAGCCAACAAGAAGCAGUUGGUUUCGGGGACCGCAGCGGGCGAUGCUACCUCGGGGAAGCGCUCUCGUGGCCAAUUCCUGCCAGAGUCUGAUGGCCGUAUGAGCAAGUCUAAAUCAGACGGCCAGAUCAGUGAUAAGGUGGCUCUGGAGACCAAAGUGAAAGACCUGUUGGGUUUGGCUAAAAGCAAAGAUGUGGAGAUCCUCCACCUUCGCAGUGAGCUGAGGGACAUGAGGGCCCAGCUUGGCCUGGGAGGGAAGGAAGCACCGCAGCAGGAAGAAGCUGGCGAGGAGGAGGAGGAGGAGGAGCAGCAGGAGAAGCCCCCGGUUUCAGCCAUCACAGCAGCCGAUGUGGAGUCCACUCUGAUUCUCUUACAAGAGCAGAACCAGGCCAUCAGGGUGGAGCUCAACCUGCUAAAGAGCGAGAACCGAAUGCUAAAAGACCGGCUCAACGCGCUGGGCUUCUCUCUGGAGCAGAGGCUGGAUGCCUCCGAGAAGCUGUUCAACUACGCCUCCCUGAGCCCGGACCUGGCCGCAGGCAGCGGACAGAGUGAUGGUGGAGGAACGGGUACGCUGACCUCCUCGGUGGAGGGCUCAGCCCCCGGCUCCCUGGAGGACCUGCUCACGGGACACCAGCAUGGAGGCUCGGCAGACAACCUGGACAGUGAGUCUAGCGAGGUCUACCAGGCCGUCACCUCCAGUGACGACGCUCUGGACGCCCCCUCCGGAGCCUCCUCGUCGUCCGAAUCGGAGUGCGCGCCCAGCAGGGAGCGCUCGCGGAGGGGCAGCAGCGACAACGCCAGCGAGGUGUCGGUGGCCUGUCUGACGGAGCGCAUCCACCAGAUGGAGGAGAACCAGCACAGCACCGCCGAGGAGCUCCAGGCCACGUUACAGGAGCUGGCCGACCUGCAGCAAAUCACCCAGGAGCUGAACGGGGAGAACGAGCGGCUCGGCGAGGAGAAGGUGAUCCUCAUGGACUCGCUGUGCCAGCAGAGCGACAAGCUGGAGCUGUACGGCCGACAGAUCGAGUACCUGCGCUCCCUGCUGGAUGACCAUCACAUAUCGUACGGACUGGAGGAGGACAUCAAGAGCGGCCGCUACAUGGAGCUGGAGCAGCGCUACUCAGACCUGGCGGACAACGCCCGCUUCGAUCGAGAACAGCUCCUGGGGGUUCAGCAACACCUGUCCAACACUCUGAAGAUGGCCGAACAGGACAACGCCGAGGCCCAGGAGAUGAUCGGAGCGCUGAAAGAGCGGAACCACCAGAUGGAGCGCAUCAUGGAGUCGGAGAGACAGGGCCGAGCUGCCAUGGGGGCCGCUCUGGAAGAGUACAAGGCGGCGGUGAGCAGUGACCAGGCCGAGCUGAGCCGCUGCAGAAACCAGCUGGACCAGGAGAGGCAGAGGGUGGCCGAGCUGUACUCCCUCCACACAGCCGGGGAUAGAAACGACAUCUGCCAGCUGCUGGAAGGAGUGCGACAGGGGAAAGAAGAGGCGGAGGCCAAGGCGGCCAAGUUGCAGAAGGAGCUGGAGCAAACCCACAGUGAACUCAACCGGCUGCAGGAGACUUUCAGUAAGCUGGACAGGGAAUACAGACACUUCCAGGAGCAGGUGCAGCAGCAGAUGGCCGAGCAGGAGCGCGUGAUGGAGAAGCAGCGCGCGGAGCUGCAGGAGAAAGAGACCGAGAUCGCGGACAUGAAGGAAACCAUCUUUGAGCUGGAGGACGAGGUGGAGCAACACCGAGCUCUCAAACUCCACGACAACCUCAUCAUCACGGACCUCGAGAACUCAGUGAAGAAGCUGCAGGACCAGAAGCACGACAUGGAGAGAGAGAUUAAGAUUCUUCACCGCAGACUGAGGGAGGAGUCGAUGGAGUGGCGUCAGUUCCAGGCUGAUCUGCAGACAGCUGUCGUCAUCGCUAAUGACAUCAAGUCCGAAGCCCAGGAGGAGAUUGGAGACCUGCGGCGCCGGCUGCAGGAAACCCAGGAAAAGAACAAGGAGCUGUGCAAGGAGCUGGACGAGGUCAAGAGCCGCAAGCAGGACGAGGAGAGAGGCAGAGUGUAUAACUACAUGAAUGCAGUGGAGAGGGACCUGGCUGCUCUCAGACAGGGGAUGGGUCUCAGCCGGCGAUCCUCCACCUCCUCAGAGCCCUCGCCCACCGUCAAAACACUCAUCAAGAGCUUCGACAGCGCCUCACAAGGUCCACCUACCAAUGGGAGCCCCACAGCGACGCCAACAGCGACGCCAACAGCCUCGGCCGCUCCGAUACCACGCACCCCCCUCAGCCCGAGUCCCAUGAAGACGCCCCCAGCAGCCGCUGUUUCACCCAUACAGAGACACUCCAUAAGUGGCUCCAUGUCAGCAGCCAAGCCGCUCUCCUCCCUGAGUGACAAGAGGCCCAGCUACACGGACAUCUCCAUGCCAGCUGAGCACCUUCUCAGGGGAACCUCAGCUGGCCGAACUCCGUCUGUCCACCAGAGGAGCUCCAACAUGGACUCCACCAAGACAUUAUCAGUGUCCCGGCGGAGCAGUGAGGAGAUAAAGAGGGACAUGUCCGCUCCAGACGCCUCCUCAUCCUCCCUGAUGGCCAUGAGCGCUGCCUCAUCCCCGCUCUCCCUGUCCUCCUCCUCCCCCACCGCCUCCAUCACCCCCACAGCACGCAGCCGCAUAAGAGAAGAGAGGAAGGACCCGCUGUCAGCACUGGCCAGAGAGUACGGAGGCUCCAAGAGAAACGCUUUGCUAAAGUGGUGCCAGAAGAAGACCGAGGGUUAUCAGAACAUUGAUAUCACGAACUUCAGCAGCAGCUGGAACGAUGGCCUGGCCUUCUGCGCGGUGCUCCACACCUACCUGCCCGCACACAUCCCCUACCAAGAGCUCACCAGCCAGGAGAAGAGGAGAAACUUCACCUUAGCUUUCCAGGCUGCAGAGAGCGUGGGCAUCAAAUGCACUUUGGACUUAAAUGAGAUGGUGCACACAGAGAGGCCGGACUGGCAGAGUGUCAUGACUUAUGUCACAGCCAUAUACAAGUACUUUGAGACCUGACUCCGCCUUCUCACCCAUCCUGCUCCUGCAGCACAAUCAGAGCCACGCCAGCCCUCCUGAGCUUUUCAGCAGCCUCUCAAAACCCACGGACAACUGGUAUACCUCACUGCUCCCCCACCACUACCACCACCACAUUCACAAAACACCCAGGCACGCUGCAUGUCGAGCCUCAGUAUUAAGCAACACUAAGUUACUACAUCCAUCCAAUGCAGCGUAGAGGGCAAAGGUUUGCCUGUAUGUCUGCUGUUACACUAGUAAGCCAUGCAAAGUUAAGCUGUAAAACCAAGUAUGAACUCAUCUUUUCCUUCGGUUGACGCCGGAUGGAGCCGCAUGGAAAAAAAGGAACCAAGUCUCAGUGCCUUCUACCUGGCUUUUUCUUGGAAAAUAAUAUUCCUUAACAGUCAACUAAGUUUCCAGGGGAGUUCCUGCAAAUCUGACUUUCAGCGUGCUACUUUACCAAUAAAUGGUUUUUUUUUGUUUUUCUUGGUUUUGAAUAAUUUGCAGAAAAAACAUCAGCUUCUACAGAAUAACAAACCAAAAGUCAGAGGUGUUGGAAUUUCCCCGCACAACCCCGAACAGAAAAAAGACAAAUGCAGCCUUUUUCUCUUUUUUUUUCGCACGAAGUCUUCCAGAUGCCACAGUUUGAUACAGGUGCCUCUCUCUGUCAAUAGAUAAAGUGCCUGUGUGGGUUUUUGAUGCAGGAGACCAAGAUAUGAGCUCUCUCUAUAUGUGCCAAUCCUCCACAGAGGCAGGCAGUGUCUUUUCACUACAGACUUGUGAAGCUGAAGAUUUGAGGAGUUGUUGCCAAAUAAUGUUUCACAGCCUUUUGAUUGUCGAUUUCUGACUCUGUUGGUUAUCAGAACAGAGUGAUGCUGCAGACAGCUACUACAUCAGCAUCACUUCACGACUGACAGAAAUAUGCUAUUUUCUACAACACUACUACACAUUUCUGCAACACUAACACACUCUUAUGAUACUUGUUUCACUGAAAGAUUCAUGAAGGUUGACUGAUUUUUAUAGGCCUGCAUUUGCCAUCUUGCACUUAGACUUCUUUCAUUAGGCACAUACACACGGGCACGGCAUCAUUUCAUCAUAACCAAAAUAUGAGUGAGUAGUAUUUAGUCUUUUGAUAAAAAUGUGUGUUUGACUGACAUUUAAGUUGUGUUUAGAUCGGAGAGCCUUAAACUUUAUCAGCCUGAUGGUCUAAUUAGAAAAAUAGACUCUCCCCAUGGACUUCUUAACGGGGAAAUGUGCUCCAGUUUUGGGAAAUUUGCAGAAACAGACUCAUAGGUGAAGACACACUUUUGUAGGGCAAUGCAGCGUUGCAUUAAAGGAAUAGUUCAACUUAUUGGGAAAUACACAUAUUCACUUUUUUUCACAGGAAGUUAGAUGAGAAGAUUGAUACCAAUGAGCUGGUUAGCUUAGCCUAGAAUAAAAAAGCUCAUAAUUGACAUGUUUUCUGCUUAAAUGUGCUUGUAAGCAGAUUAAUUAUCUUCUUAGAAAGCCAGGCUAGCUGUUUCCAGUCUUAAUGCUAAGCUAAACUAAUCACUUCCUGCUGGCUAGCUUUAUAUUCAGGCUACAGAAAUGAGAGUGGUAUCAAUUGUCUCGUCUUUCACCCAGCAAGAAAGCAACAAUUGUAUUCCCUAAGAUUUUGAAUUAUUCCUUUUAGCAUUUAUCAUUUUUAGCUCAAAAUAUGCACAAGUAAUCCGACAUUUCAUUGCGCCAUUGACUUAUUUUGUGUGUUAAGACUGAUGCGGUGUUAGACAGGUAGUUUUUGAAAUUCCUACUACGACUUACAGUUACUAUAGAGAUACUUUGUACCACACAAUGUACUAUAACUUGUGCGGUUUCAGUCAGCAACAUUAAUAUUGUGCAUAACACUUAAAGUCCCCUUUUUUAGUAUUUACAAGCAAUACACAAACAUGAAAUUAACGGCUUAUGACGCCCUGUAAUGUAGUUGUAGGAGCUUUAAGGACAUCUUAAAUGUUUAAUAAUGUACAGUUUGUCAGCAGUAAUAACUUCUCCUAUCAAGACUUAUUUAUAUCAUUACAACCGUUUUUCACUACAUUAUUUAUCUGUUAGUAUAGCAGCCUCCACUUAUGGGUGUCCACAGGAGGAAUUAUAAUUGUGGACAAAUACAUUAUUUAACACUUAUAUAUGCUUACAGCUACAUUUUAAGUAUAUUAUAUGCCAUUUCAUUAAAUGUAAAUAUACUGCUUUUAAAAACUAAAUAGGGGGAUUUAAAGUAAAGUGCCACCAUGUUAUGCUGUCUGACUGCUGUGUGUUUAUCGUGCCUCAACAUACCAAGUUCACUGUAUUUAUUUUGCAUGGUUACAAAUCAUUUAUAUUGAGGUCAUUGCUUCAUUUGUGUCCCUGGAGUGUAAAUGAAUUUAUGACACAUACAAUAAGUAGCUGCACUGAGAUAAGCUUUUUUUUUUGUACUCCGCACUUCUUUACUGCCUUAACCGCUCAGCCGAGGCUUCUGCGAGUGAAACUGUGACAUUUUCAAACCCCGGUUAUAUUUGCUUGCCAGGCUGGCGUCACAGUGUGGAAGUAGUUACUGAAAACAGGGUUCUUUCUUGUUUGAGCCCCUUGAGGAACACUAAUAGUGAGUGGUGGUCAUGAACCGUGUCCGGUGAAGGUGAUCACACACUCUGCUUUGAUUUGGAUCAGAUGAAGCUGCCAGCUGGUUUCAGAAACAACAUAUUUGUCCCGAUUUAGAAGCACAUCCUGCCGAACCGCAUCAACUCAGUGUGUACAGCUGCAUUUGACAUUCAGUGAUUUAACGUUAGCACAAGAGAGCCUGCAACAAUGACAGCUUCUUCUUUUUGUGUGUGUGUGUGUGCAAGAGAGAGUGCGAGUGAGGUAUUUAAGGACAUUUGAAAGCAUCGGCUCUCUGUUGAUAAAAGGGCUUUGUGAUGCCAUGUUGCUGAAGAUUAUCAGCCAACAGUUUUAUUGUGUUCUGCUUGGUUCCACCGCCGGCCACCACGUGUUUUAUUGCUCCCGUCAGGAACGUCUGAGAGCCACAGAAAUACAUUUUUGAAGCCUCUCCAUCUUUGAAGUGGAAUGUGUUUUUGAUCACGCUUUAGUGAUCCCGGGACUUUACGAAGGUCCAGCGUGUGCCGAUACGUAGAGUGACUGAUGAACAUGAGGAGAGACCACACGGCUGGCGAAAGCUGGGAAGCACAUUCCACCUCUACAUGAUGCAGCGACGAGGGACAUGUUACGCUAUUUGUAGCUUUACCAUAACAAGCAAAGCAAAUGUGAACAGUGCAUUUUAUCCUAUUGGGUCCACUUCAUCACACUACAUUUAUUUUUCUUUGUGUUUUACUUGAAAAUGCUCUGAGAAUUCCACUGAACCUGCUUUAGUUUGUUCUUUUUUGUUUCCAUGUUGCCUUUUAUUUUUUACAAUCCAUGCCACGUUUUGUUUUUGGUGUGUUCUUCUUUUUUUUUUUUUUUUUUUGCCUCAUCACACUACAUGCAGUGCUGAAAUGGUCCCUUUGAAAAGGUAGAGCUGAAUGAAUAAAUGUGUGUGUAUUUGUGCGUGUCUGUGUGUGUAAAGGGACUAAGCUACAGUAUUAAGUGCACACUACGAUGAUAAUCAGUAAGAAA